CACUGCCCCCCACAUUGUUUACAAACAAAUCAGGUUAGUUUUUGGUCGCGCGCCGUUUCACGAUGCUUCGUCGGAAGGAAACUAUGCGUCCCCCAACGGAAAACCCCGUCCAGAACCAGUGCCGUUUGUGUUUAAACAACGCCAGUGAGUACUGCAGCCUUGCGAAUCGCCUCGAGGACAUGCGAACCGUGCAGGAAGUCAUCAAAAUGUUGCUUUCGAUCGAGGACGACCCCGGCCUGCCGCAGCAGAUUUGUGCGAGUUGUAGCAAGGAGCUACUACACAUGGCACGGCUCAAGGACUGCUGGGUGGCCAAUCAAUUCACCCUUGCUCGGCAAGCUUCCAAGAUGGUAUCCGAAGAAAGUAAAGAUAGUGAAGGGACUAAUAUGGUCCAGUUCCAGGCGGACGAACAAGCCGAAGAGGAAAUGUAUCUUGAGGUUGAUGAAAACGUGAGCGAUUCGGAGCUGUUCUUCGCCAAGGCUGAGUUUGGAGAAUUUUCAGUUGAAGAACCUGGUGAUAGGACUGAUAAAACAGAGACAAAUAACGACACCAAGAAAAAAUGAAAGAAACAAGUAUGUCAAAAAAAUGUGGAGAGUUCAAGUUCAGAUGUCACAAGUGCCGUCUCAGCUUUCCGACUCUCAAAUUGAAAAACGAACACCUUAAACUGCAUAACAAGUGUGAAGUUUGCGGGGCCACUUUCAUGGCAAAAAACGAUCUUCGAAGGCACAUGAGAAUACACAACGGCGAGCGGCCGCACGGAUGUCCGCACUGUUACCAGCGCUUUUCCCGGAUGAGUCACCUCAAAGACCACAUAAAAAAGCACGACAACCUGCAGUCCCAUGCUUGCCUGCUUUGUACGAAAAAUUUCCCCGCACUCCAGGAGCUGCUACAGCACAAGCUGGAAGCGCACUCGAACAUGCGGCGAACACAGCGCCAGAAAGCCACCAAAGUGGAACGAUUGCCAUUCGAGGGGGCCAGCAGCGGCGGGACCUUUAUUCGACAGCCGACAGGGAGUGAUGUGCGACGAUCGGUUGUUGUGAAGGAAGAGCAGGUGGAUGAGGAUUACGAGUUAAUUAUAGAUUGAACAUGACAUGAGUGAAUUCUGUGCGUCGUAGUGAUGAAUAAAAGCUGUAAAUUUAUAUUGCAUUGAAAAA